AUGCCAUACAAAGAAAUGGCUCUCCAUUGUGAGGCCCUCCUCGCGGGAAAGCAACAAAAUAUUUCCACUUUCAUGGGUGCCAAUUCAUUACAUGGCUAUUCAUUUAGGAUUUUUGCUCCUACUAAUUACAACCAUGAAAGGGACAAACCCACAAAUUCCAAUGUUCAACAGAGUUUACCUUUGGUGAAUGGAAAUCCAUUCUUGGAUUCACCCAGCACAUUUCCAGAGACUGUUCCAAGGCUUCGUGCCACAUCAUAUCAGCAAGAGGAUGCCUUCUUUCAACUGCCAGCAUCCCGCCCAUAUGUCAACUUCUUGAAGGCUGCUGGUUGCUGA